AUGUCCUCCAACGCCUCCGCCUACUCCAACCCCUUCGCCGGGCCAGACCCCGCCGACAUCCGUGACAUCAGCAUCCAUGAACGCGUCCCCGUAGUCCUCGAUGCCACUGACAACACGUACUUCACGCGGAAGACUUAUUUCUCGCUCCUCUUCCGUGAGAACAAUCUCGUGGAUCACAUUGACGGCACCGUCGACUCUCGCGCCAUGAUGGGCGACUCCGAGUGGACCGCGAUCGAUGCUACACUCAUCCAGUGGUUCUUCACCACCAUAUCCAAGGACCUAUUUCAAAUGUUUGCGAGCGAUGGUGAUGACGCCCGUGCCGUGUGGGUCAAGCUCAACAGCCUCUUCACCGACAACAAGCUUCAGCGCCGCGUUUUUCUGCAGCAGGAAUUUUUUGACUGUCAUCAGGAUGAACAGUCCAUCGAUGACUACUGUCGCCGCCUAAAGACGUUGGCGGAUGAACUCCGCGACAUCGGCGCCAAGGUUGAUGACGACCUCUGA